AUCUCUCUCGAGAUUUCCCCUGUCCCGUCUGCCGGAAAAUAUCCCGUCGCCGAUCCCUUCGAUCCAACAAACAACUCGCCAACGUGGUGGAAGCCGUUCGGCAAAUCCGAGGAGCCAAACGGAAAAAUUUGGAGGAGAAUCGCUGCCGGGUUCACGGGCGGGCGCUGGCGCGGUUCUGCCGCGACGACCAAGCGCCC